CCGUUGCUAGGGGUGAGACCUGUCUCGUUGCGAUUGGUUGGCUGUACGAGCGUACGGCCACCCGCUCGCGGACUGUUGGAAUUCGCGCCCUCGCUCGUGAAGGCUGCCGCGAGCAAUGGCCGAGGUAACGCUGGCUGACCCUGGGGAUGAGCCGGAGAUCGACUCCCGUUCCUUUUACACUGUGUUCGCCGGAUCCUCGCAAGAGGAAGUUGCUAACGCCAAAGUGUUUUGGAGCUCAGUGACUCUGCAGCCGCCACUCGAGUCCCGCCUGGUGUCCAGCGACAUCAAACAGCGGCUGAAGGUGGCGCCGUCCGCCGGAAUCAAAUCGUGCAAAGAGCGAUGUUGUCAUUGCCAACCGAGCCAGGCAAACAUCAAAUAUAAACAGCUACUGAUUGAAGCUCAUAUGCAGCUGAAGGCAGAUGAAAAAGAAAGAUAUUUGAAGAAAGCAAAGAAACGAAUGGAGAUCUUAGAAUUGAUCAAGAAACAGAGAGAGGAAAGAAUACAGAAAGAACAAUUGGCUCUUCCAUACAAGCCAAAGAAAAUCAUGCAAGCACUACCGAUCUUGUCGCCCAUCCGACCCAUGUCACUGGUAAUGACAUGGGCCACAAUCUCUGGCUGCUACCUUCCCACUUAAGAAUGAUGGGGACUCGAUCCAACAUGGCCCUGACCCUGGCACCUGGGAGACAACAAACUAUCCAGGAAUCUUGUUCUCAUCCACAGAACCUCCUUUCUGUUCCCUGAACCAACAAAUCCCCUAUGGCUACAACUUGCCUCUUCAUCCCCUUCCCUUCUGAGCCACAGAGCCAGACUCAGUGCCAGAGACCUGACCGCUGUGGCUUCUCCCUGGCAGGUUCUCCACCACACCCCAACAGUAUCCAAAGCAGUAUACUUAUUAUUGAGGGCCAUAGGGUACACUGCACUGGCUACCUAUUCACUUUCCCUCUCCUGACAGUCACCAUGUACCUGCCUCCUGCAACUUAGGUGUGACCACCUCCCUGUUGCUCCUAUCUAUCACCUCCUCAUUCUCCUGUAAGAGCCGAAAGUCAUCCAGCUGCUGCUCCAGUUACUUAACACCUCUCUAAGGAGUUGCACUUUGGUGAACUUGGUGCAAAUGUUGUUAUCAGGAAGACUGGAGGUCUCCCAAAGUUCCCACAUCUCACACACGGAACGUACCACUAACUCUAGACCCAUCUUUGGCACAGUAGCUAUGAACUAACAGAAAAAUAAUCCUCCUGGAAACUUACUUAGAUUCUGUGCCUGUGCUUGUCCAAGUGUAUUGAGCCGAAGUUGGACCACUUUAAUAUUGUCCCACUCACAUAAUAGCCACCCUGCUUACAUCUCCUUUCUUUUUAUUGUCUCAAAUAGUGACUUACUCCCAACAGGACUUGCAGGUUUCAAACGGCUCCUGCCUUGCAAGAUGUCACACAUCCUGAGGUUGUAUUGGUUGUUAAUCCAAUGACGUAUUUCACUGUAUGUUUCAAUAAAUAAAUGAACCUGUAUUCUGUAAUGAUAA